AUGCUUGGCUGUACCCUUGUCAAUAUCGCUGUGGGAUCUGAUUGGUUCUUUCAACUCUGUGCCGACAAUGGUUCCUGGUCCAAAAGUACAAGGACCUCCUGCGAAAAGUGUCACUUUGGCAGCACCUUGCAAGAAAGAGCCUUCCACCAAACACGAAGCUAUGCUGAGUGCCGCACCGGUGACUCUGAUAGCUCUGUGGCCUGGCUCGACGGUCCACUUGGAGAUUUCCAAGGACUCGAUGGCUCUUGUGAUCUGGAACUCGGCAUCGGGGUCGCUCAAAGGCAACAGGAACUUGCCGAUAGUUCCUCCGGUUUCGAACUGUUGGAUCCAGUUUUUAGAACCGUUUCCAAGGAUUCCCAGCUGUUUCUGGACUUCCUGGGACUCGUACUCUUUGUUUCCGCUAAAGAUGUAUUUUUUGAAGCAGGAAUCAAAGUUCAAUUCGUGAACAUUUACCACGGAAUCGAAAGUGAUCAAACCAAUGAGAGAUCCCGGUGGGUGCAGAGACAACGAGGUGAUCAGCAGAUCCUUCAAUGCUUGCAAAUCUUCUGGCUCUUGACACAAGUCGAUAACGUAGAUGAAAGCUGGAGGAGGAGGGGAAGGGGUCUUUGUAAGCACGUAUUCGAUGGACGAAGCCUGAGGGGUCAAUUCAAUAGGCAAGUUCUCAGCAGAAAUGUUGGAAUAAUGCACAGGGAGUGGGUUGCGGGACAUACAACAAGUACAUGUCCACGUUUUGGAUCCCAGGUCGAUUUGGGAGAAAACGUUCAAAACUGCACGGCAUCGUCUGCAUAA